GCGACCGUGUGUGGCGCCCACAGCCAGGGCGACUUCUUGGGGACGCGAAGCCAAACUGGGCCGGGUGAGCGAGGCGUGAGCCAGAGUUUUCUACGAUCCUCUCGCAAAUCGAAAGGGAAAUCCACCCUCCUCUCGAGGCGAUUAGCGAAGCGCGGUACGUUUCUUCCCCGCGAGUUUGGUUCAUCCUUUUUCCUUCAAAAGUUUGAUAUGGAGAAUGCUAACACAAGCUCACAGCUGGAGGAACCCAUGCAACAGGGAGAAGAUUCAGUUUCUGAGGUGCUGGUUCACAACCUCUCUCGACGGUUGGAGGCCCUUGAACACUCUGUGCGUUAUUUGGAGGACAAUAUGAUGACAAGACUAUCUGCAAUGGAGGAGAGAGUGGAGGAACUGAUGAGAAGGAUGGAUGGGUAUAAUGACUUAAGUAGGAGUUGGUCACAACAGGUGUCACUGGAGGUUCCAACAGUGUCUCCUAAUGCACCUGCAAUACUACCUUCACCACCUGCGGCAGCAAGGCCUAAGAAGAAGCAAAGAACCUUGAUUGCAAGGAGAGUGAUUCGCCGGUACCAAAGGCUUGUUAAGCCUAGUUGGGAUAAUAAACCUUUCAUGAGGCGCGUUAUUAAAAAGAUAGAGAAAAAAAGGCGGCAAAGAAGUUGAAGGAUGCCUAAUAUGAGUCUUUAUUCACCUACAUUUAGAUCUUAAGAUCUGUGUUUUAGUAGAAUGUAUUUCAACCAAGGUUUGCCGUACCGUACCGUACCGGCGUUUCGACUCGUGCUCGGUACGGUACGGUACGGUACGGUACGGGUGUACCGACCGGUAUACCGAGGUGUACCGAGCACUGUAGCACUGCUACAGUGUGCUACAGUGUUACUGUAGCGCUGCUACAGUACGGACCGGUACAGGGCGGUCCGCGUACCGACAACUUGUCGGACCGGUACGUACCGCCUGUACCGGGUGGUACGGCUCGGUACGGCAAACCCUGAUUUCAACCCUUAACUGGUAUCCUUUGUAUGUCUGCGAUUUUCAUAAUGAACCCUCAAUGUAGUAGUUAAUGAUCUCUUUUGGGUGAAUAGUUGCUGACAUUGCAGUGAUAGUUUAUGAUUUUCUUUUGCUUUAA